AUGUCUGGUGUAGAGGUCGUCGCCGCUGUCGCUGCAGUUAUAUCUGCCUUUCAUGGCGGUGCCGAGUUGCUCAGUUUGGUUAAGAAGAAACGCCGUGCAAGGAAAGUACGCGACCAGGAGCGGCAAGAGUUUGAGGAAAGUCAGCUUGAAAAUUCGCUCGUCACAGCGGAACAAAAAAUUGGCCUGCGGUAUGCGCAGGACCAGAGAGAGCUGGGAGACCACAUGCGCAUUGGCGACGGCAAGUCCUGCAACGUCCUCAAUACUCCACUCCUCACCACUAACAUGCUCGGCACACAGUCGUCGCACGAGAUCGCCUGCCUACAGCUAGCGGCGACUCACGACAACGCAAUACUGAACUUGCGAAUCCUUCACCAGACUUCGAUUGCGAACCGCAAGGAAACCUUUGUAACGUUGGACGAGUUGAAGCAACGCAUAUUGAUCACAAGACCCUUGGCGAGGCAGAUCGGAGGGUCAUACGACGGAAUCACGAACUGUAACCUUUCUUUACAGACAAUACAACCUAACAACCUUAUACCAACAACUGCAAUUCCUGACGAGUAUAUCCCAAGAGCUAUCACCAUGCCAUCGCGAAGCGAUUCGAGGCAACAAAAGCAUGGCUUGAGCGAAUACCUUCAUGGAAACCGCAACAGAGAUACACAUACAUUAGCGCCUGCCCAACCCCAGUCAUCUGCACACGCGGCUAAUAUCAACUUCAGUGCUGCUCUGGAAGAACUGGUCAGAUCAAGAGGUUCAGAGGAUCGCACGGACAUUAUGAGGGACAUUGAUCACAUUAUCGGCUCCUAUAAAGGUCUCGACAUGAACAGCGACCCGAGUGCCUCUUGGAGUCGCAACCAGUACAACAAUGAAUACCUUGAGAGGCGGGAUACGCUCAUGAUUCUCCAUGAUAGCGACUUGUGCCGACCAGACUUGAAUCAAGGAAAUGUUUCAGGAACAAAGGCCUUGCAAUCGUUUGGUGACUACCAGAUAGGAAACAGGCAAGCGUUUCCAUACGCCCAGAACAUUUUUGAUGCACGAUAUGGGCAACAAAUCUUCGACCAGCACUAUAACAACCCACAACAUGCAGGACGAGUCCCGACAACAUCGCAACAAUCCCACCUGCAGCAGUCUCGAGGGUCAGCUUCUUCAGCCGCCAGCUCUGCCAACUCAGAUCCAGUACUUCGUCACAACUCGGGCUCAUCACAAGGCUCAAGUAUGCAUCCUGUCUCUAUUACAUUCAAAGCAUCUCCUCCUGCUGAUCAAGUUUGCUUCCCACCGUCUUCUUUAUCGCCAAGUGAGCCAUUCGAACAAACCACUGAGGGUCUUCACGACCCAUAUUCGUCAUCCCCACUCUACGCGCCAUCAGAGGACCUCACUCCACCUAUUGUACCAGUGUUGCCGUGGCACGCUUCAGAUCAACCCACUGCAGUAUUUCAGACCCCGCCUAGUAACGAUUCCCCAAGCGACCCAGUAAGCAUAUCCCAAGGUGACGCAAUGCUACCUGUUCAUAAGCCAUGGCCCGGUAGUCAAAGAGAUGUAUCUCCGUUUUCACAUGACGGUCCAUCGCCGCAAUACAGAAACAUCAUCCACGAACAAGGUUCAAACGAGCAGACCGUCAGAUCGCAGUACGAAAUACCACAAGCAACACAUGAGGGCUCUGAUGUCCAUAGCGGCCGCCGUGGCCAGUCUAUAACACUAUCCGGCUUCGAAGCAGUGGAAGCAGCUACAUCAGCCCUCUCCGGAAGAGCCGUGAUAGACGACAUACGACACCUCAGUACAGCCCUUUCUAUUGCCUCCACCAAUAGCAGCCGCUCAGGAUCAAUAGGCAUACUUCCCGGUGCACGGAUCCGCUCCUCCAUCCGUACCGAUACCAUCCAAAGCCCCCCUACCGGCAAAGAACACAUGAUGAACGGAAGACCAUGUAAAGAUAACAAUUAUUGGGGCUUCUGCAAAGGCGCCUGGGCGAUCCGCGAAAAUGUCUCUAAAGGCCUCUCCAUCCGGACGCUACCCUCGGGCUACUACAAUAGCAAGCAAAUGUGGCAAUGCACUGCCUGUAAUUUCCAAGGCGAUAUAUUCUCUGUCCCGCACCCAGUUAAGAAGAACAAGAGCAUUGAAAUCGUCGAUCCGAGGAUACACCUCUCCAUGGCGGGAAUCCGGUAUCGCUGGAUCUUCCUCGCGAAGAGCCAUGUGAAGAAGAAACCGCCUGCUGCAGUGGAUACCAUCUCAAAUAGUAAGACUGGUACUAGUGACUGCAACUAUGGCUGUGUGAUUUGCUCAGCCGAAGGCAAUGUCACGGGUGUGUAUGGCGGCGCUGAAACGCUCAUGAAUCAUAUUGCGCUCACGCAUGUAGCCGACAUGACGGAGAAGACGAGGAGGAAGGUGAAUUGUGUUUUAGGAAGGGUCGCAGGUGUAGGUGAGGAGUGGGACAUAAAUGUGCCAAUCUUUGAAGACGUAGAGGAAUUAGUAAUAUAA